ACUCUUGUUAGAUUUCCAUUUCUUUGAGGAUUUUAAUAUUAGUAUAUAUUAUAUUAUUAAUAAUGCUUUGUAAUAAAAAAGGGAUCUUUGAUUGGAUAAGACAUUAAGAACCCAUAUAAAAAUCCGAUCUUUUUAACAACGGGCUGAUGAGUUUCUAUUGGAAAAGAAGUAAAGAAAACGAAAAGGGGGGUCUGUUCGAAAGAGAGGAAAAGAUUACGCAACAAGUGCGGAAAAGACUCCAACUUUGAAGCUUAGCCCAGUAAUCAAUGGCGGCUAAUCUGAUUGAUGAUGCCAUAUCCCAAACAGAAAAUUACAAAAAAAGUGAUACCCGGAAACCCUCUGAUUUCAGCAGUGAUUUCGAGCAAACAGACAAGAAUCACCUCUUUGUUUGCAAAAACAAAAAUGUGGGAGAGGAAGGAUAACCAUGAAUUCAGUCAUAUUUUUCCUCCUGCUUCUUUUUUGUUUUCUGGGUUCAGUUAAAGAAACAAAAAAGGUGGGAUUUUUGAGAGGAUUAAGAAUGAUGAUGAUGGCAAUGAAGCAAAAUCCCCCAAAUGAGAAAAGCAUGAAGAGAGAGAGCACAAAGGGGGAAGGAGAUGGAGACAGGCGUCCAGGGAGGGGUGCCACGUGGGAGGAUGCCAUUGGAAGCAAGUCCCUGGCUCUUCCCUCCACAACAACCCAUGUAUAUGUCAGUGUGUGUGUGUGUGUGGGUGAUGACCUAUGACCCCUCCGUCGAAUCCGUAUUUGUAGUAUUCCAACACUUUCCUUUGUUUCUCUCUCUCUAAACCUCACUUUCUAUGCUCCCCUCUUUUUAUCUCUCUCUCCCUAUCUCUCUCUAUAUUUAUUACUACUCUUCUUUGGGCUGCCUUUUCUUUCUCUCUCUCAUAUUCUCGUAUUUCUCAUUUCCUCAUACCCUAAGAACCCACCCCCGGCUUUGCCCCCCUUUUGGCCGUCCUCUGGAUAUUGGGUUCUGUUUAUUAGCAUUAGCAAGAUUGAAAUUGCUGUGGAAUUCUGUGUAUGUUUGAUCAAUUUGAAACCUUGGUAUGAGGUAAUUUGUGUUUAUGACACUGUUUUGGAAGUGAAUUUUUUGUUUUAUGUACUGGGGUUGUUUAAUUUGAGCUGAUUCUUCAUUUGAGCUGAUUGUUAUGUAUUUUCCUGUUUGCUUUGAUGUGGGGUGCUAGUUGAUUGUAUAUCCUGAGCUUCUGCUGUUGUCAAGUUUUGAUUUUUUGUUUUCAUCUUCCUUGCUCCCCUGUUGUUAUUAGUGAAAUGAGGUUGGGGCUUUGGGGAGUUGAGGUGGUUUGAAUGUAUCUAGUUGCUAUAAAUUUGUGAUCUUUAUGGUUUAGUUCCCUUGUGCAUGGUUAAUUGUUUUGUACAUUUGAUUGUUCUGCUUGAUCACAUUUGCAGUCUAGCCCAAUCUGGGUUUUUCUUUUCUGAAUUUGCAUGUAUUGAAGGUGUCUUGAAUUCAGAAUUCAUUACUUUAAUCAGUGGCUUCUGAUCAUGUCCUGUUCUUGUUUAUCAAGUUUUGAAUUUUCAUCUCUGUUUUGAUAUGUUUUGGAAAUGUAGUUUUGUAGCUUGCCUAUUAGAUUUGGCAGCUGAAUUUUAUCUUUUAGGAACAUUAUUUCCACUAUCAGGUUUUGCAUUUCGGGGAAUUGUCCUGAAAUGAAAGGUCCGGUCGUUAUAGCUUGCUUCAGUGUUGGAAUGCAAUAAUGGCUACAUUCUUCCCUUGGAUGUGAUUACUUCGCUCUUCUGGAUUUCUGUCAAUUUGAAUCUUGUUUUGUCACUGCUUUUGAUGAGGAGUUGUACUAAACGAGAUUCUGGUGCAUAUUUGGGGUAGCAGGUUCAGAAUACUUUUUUGAACUUUGAUGUCAAGUAAAACUGAGCUGUUCCCUCGGGUACGAAUGCCAGUGCUGUGUUUUUCUUCUAAGUUUCUUGUUGUGAAGUCUUUUUGUUACUCUGUCUUCGUGGUGGAUUGGAAAGAAUGUUUUACUUAAUACCAUUGGUUGUUUCCCUACUGUUUCUUGCAUAAGAAAAAUAUGGAAUGCAAUGCUUCAGUGUUGGUGCAUAUAGUAACAUUCAUCUCACUGUUAUUGUUGAUCAGUUAAGGAUAAUGGUUCAAUGGCUGGUAAGAUGCUUAAUGGAAACUGGGUAUUGAAACGCAAACGAGGAAAGCUGCCGAGUGGCGUUAAUAAAACUAAAGGCAAGGAAAGCGAUCCUAAAACCUUGGAAUCUCCAUCAAGUACUUCAUCAACACAAAAACUUAGAAGUGAAGAUUUAUCUGAUCGUUCUUCUAGCAAGAUCAAAGGAAAUGAUGGGCACUUUUUUGAAUGUGAAAUCUGUGAUCUUGGCGGAACUUUGAUUUGCUGUGAUAGCUGCCCAAGGACUUAUCAUCUCCAUUGUUUGGAUCCUCCUCUUAAGAACGUUCCUUCUGGGAAGUGGUACUGUCCCCUCUGCAUUGCUGGAAAGGAGCCACCAAAGCCCAUUGAUCAUCUAGAUACCAUGUCGAGGCGUGCAAGAACAAAAAUUACACUUGGGAAAUCUAAUACUGAUAAUAAAAAGUCUAAUUCAGGGAUCGCCGCCAGUAUUGGUAAGAAAAGAUCUAGCAAGGAAAAAUCUUCGCCACAUCUUGAUGGUGCUAAGAUGAAUUUGGAUGCGCACAAUGAAUUAUCUAGCAGUAACAGACCACCUCGCCCAUCAUGUGAUGAUUCUGGGGAGGGAAGUUCAUCAGAUUCAAAUGCUAAUGGUGGGAAAAAACCAGAAGCUCCCCCUGCAGAAUCACCAGCAGAGAUUAAGUCUGAUUCUCCUGCUAAGAAAGCCUUGCCCUCAAUUAAGUUCGUGAGAUCGAAGUUGAAAAAAGGACCUCGAGAAACAGAGCGUUAUUUAUCUUUGAGCAAGGGAAAACUUAGUUCUGAUGAUACAGUGGUAGUCACAGACCAGAAAUCCAGGAAAAUGACUCGUAAGCCACAGAAAAAUGAGAGUAGAAAAAAGCGUCGGACUGACAAGGGCAGUGGUACGCCGGAUACUUUAAAGAAACGUGGAUCGCAAGAACUCUCUGCACGUAGUAGUAAAUCUCAAGCGAAACAUAAGAUAUCUGAUCCUGCGGUUUCUGUUUCUCCAUCUGUACAGGAUGGCGAAAGACAUGUUGAUACCGAGCUCAAAGAUGAGAUGGUUACCGUGGAUGCUACUUGUUCAUCUCCUGAAUCGCAAGUUCCAGGAAAAGUUGAUACUGUUGAACCAUCUAAGAGCGACUUUUUUACUUCUGAAGUUCAGGAGGUGUUACUAGUUGACCAAGUUUUGGGUUGUCGUGUUCGAAAUGAUCAGACAACUGCUGGGAGUGAUUUUAUGAUCAAUUCAAAUGACCUGCCUUUGGAGAACUGCACACAAGAAGAUAAAACAAUUGUAUCUGAGCAAAAUCCUGCAAAUGUUCCUUCUGAUGGGUCAAGUCAAGAAGUCUUAACAAAAUGCUCGGUGGAUUGUGAGAACCAUUCGAAUGUAGAAAAAGAUGGUGAUUCCAAAAAAGAUAACUUGCAGGUGUAUAGAAGAUCAGUAACAAAGAAAUGUAAAGAAGGAACUAACCUAACUUCACCUGGGAUAGGUAUCGAAUCUUCUGGUUCCAAAGUUUUCAGUUCACAAGAUGACUCUCUUGGCAACAUGGGAGAACCAAGGAAGACAAUAGGAAGAUCUUCAUCGGAGAACAGUGAAAGUAGCUUGGAAGGUGAUGGAAAGAGUAAAUUGUCAAAACCUUCUGAAACACGUACAUCUGAUGAGGCUGAAGGCUUAGAGAAGGCAGUCAAUGACGUUUCCACAAAAGUCACUUCGAAAGAGGAUAGAAAGGAGGGAACUGAAGAUGGAAACAAAUCCUCCAAUCAAGUUGCAGUCCUCUAUGAAUUUCUGGUGAAAUGGGUUGGUAAAUCUCACAUCCACAACACAUGGAUCCCUGAAUCUGAGCUUAAAGUGCUGGCAAAAAGGAAGCUAGAUAAUUACAAGGCAAAAUAUGGGUUAGCAGCAAUCAAUAUAUGUGAGGAAAGGUGGAAACAGCCACAGAGGAUUAUUGCGCUAAGAGAUUCCCAGGAUGGUUCUCCUGAAGUUUUUGUUAAAUGGAUGGGCCUUCCUUAUGCUGAAUGCACGUGGGAAAGAAUAGAUGAGCCAGUGAUCUGUAACUCUUCCUUCCUUAUUGAUAAAUAUCAUCAGUUUGAACGUCAUGCAUUGGAGAAAGAUGCUUCCAAGGACAAUUUGAAGAAGAAUGAUUUACGACAGGGUGAGAUAGUUACUAUUACAGAGCAGCCUAAAGAACUUACUGGGGGUUCAUUGUAUCCUCAUCAGCUGGAAGCAUUGAAUUGGCUUCGUAUAUGCUGGCAUAAGUCCAAGAAUGUCAUACUUGCUGAUGAGAUGGGGCUGGGAAAGACAGUGUCAGCUUGUGCUUUUCUUUCAUCAUUGUACUCUGAGUUCAAGGCUUCACUUCCAUGUUUGGUUUUGGUUCCUCUCUCCACAAUGCCGAACUGGAUGUCAGAGUUUGCAUUGUGGUCCCCUAACCUUAAUGUUGUCGAAUACCAUGGGUCUUCCAAAGCUCGGGCCAUCAUUAGGCAAUAUGAGUGGCAAAUUAAUGAAGAUGCAGGCUCCCAGCAAAAGAACACAGCCACUUAUAAAUUUGAUGUCCUUUUAACUACCUAUGAAAUGGUUCUUGCAGAUGCAUCUUAUCUUCGUGGAAUUCCUUGGGAAGUUCUUGUGGUUGAUGAGGGACACCGCCUGAAGAAUUCUGACAGUAAACUGUUUGGGUUACUCAAUACAUUUUCUUUCCAACACAGAGUGUUGCUGACUGGCACCCCCCUUCAGAAUAAUCUAAGCGAGAUGUAUAACCUUCUGAAUUUUUUGCAACCAGCUUCAUUUCCUUCACUUUCCUCAUUUGAGGAAAAGUUUAAUGAUCUUACCACUGCAGAAAAGGUUGAGGAAUUAAAGAAACUUGUUGCCCCACAUAUGUUAAGGAGGCUAAAAAAGGAUGCUGUGCAGAAUAUCCCUCCUAAGACAGAGCGGCUUGUUCCUGUUGAGUUGUCAUCUAUACAAGCAGAGUACUACAAAGCAAUGCUUACAAAAAACUAUCAAAUUUUACGGAACGUUGGUAAGGGGGUCGCUCACCAGUCAAUGCUAAAUAUAGUAAUGCAGCUAAGAAAGGUUUGCAAUCAUCCCUAUCUCAUGCCUGGAACAGAGCCUGAAUCUGGGACUUUGGAGUUCCUUCAUGAAAUGCGCAUUAAGGCUUCAGGAAAAUUAACUCUGCUGCACUCUAUGCUAAAGUCGUUGCAUAAAGAAGGUCAUAGAGUCCUCAUUUUUUCACAGAUGACAAAGUUACUUGAUAUUCUAGAAGAUUACUUGACCAUUGAAUUUGGACCCAAGACAUUUGAGAGAGUUGAUGGAUCUGUCUCUGUGGCUGAUCGUCAGACAGCAAUUGCACGUUUUAACCAAGACAAAAGUCGCUUUGUAUUUUUAUUAUCAACUCGCUCUUGUGGCCUUGGGAUCAAUUUGGCUACUGCUGAUACUGUCAUCAUCUAUGAUUCCGACUUCAACCCACAUGCAGAUAUUCAAGCAAUGAAUAGAGCUCAUCGCAUUGGUCAGUCCAAAAGACUGUUGGUUUACAGGCUUUUCGUGCGUGCUAGUAUUGAAGAACGCAUAUUGCAACUCGCCAAGAAGAAACUGAUGCUUGACCAACUUUUCGUGACUAAAGGCUCGCAAAAGGAAGUGGAAGAUAUUAUCCGCUGGGGAACUGAAGAACUUUUUGGAGAUUCUGUGAGCCUGAAUGGAAAAGAUGGAGGUGACAAUAAUUGCAACAAAGAUGAAACUAUUGGUGAAAUGGAGCAUAAGCAUAGAAGGAAGACUGGCAGCCUCGGGGAUGUUUAUAAAGAUAAAUGCACUGAUGGAAACAACAAGAUUGUGUGGGAUGAAAAUGCCAUUCAAAAGUUACUUGAUCGUUCCAAUCUCGAUUCAAGUUCACCUGAUAAUACAGAAACUGAAGCAGACAAUGACAUGCUCGGUUCCGUAAAGUGGAAUGAUGAGCCUACAGAAGAACAGCCUGUGACCGGAUCCCUUCCGGCAGCGAUUGAUGACAUAGACAUCGAGAGCUCUGAGAAGAAAGUAGAAAAUUUAAUAGUUGGUGCUGAAGAAAAUGACUGGGAUAGGCUUCUCCGCGUGAGGUGGGAGAAAUACCAAUGUGAGGAGGAAGCUGCUCUUGGACGAGGAAAACGCCAGCGGAAGGCUGUUUCUUACAGAGAAGCAUAUGCUUUGCAUACUUCCGAAACAUUGAGUGAGAAUGGUGCAGAAGACGAGCAGCCAGAACCAGAGCCAGAGCCUGCACGGAUUUACUCUGCAGCUGGACGAGCUUGGAAAGAAAAAUAUGCUAGACUUAGUGCAAGACAGAAAGCUCGGUUGGCUAAAGCAAAAGCCGAUGAGGCAAGCGGGAUUGUGGGACUCCCCAGACCAGAGGAAUUUCCGCUGCCCCCUCUACGUCAAAUGACCGUGUUAACUCGACCUGAAGACAAGUCCUCAGUCAUUGAUUUGGAAGGUCACUUGUCUGGUCAAACUCCAGGAGGAGCUAACAAAACGGUUCAUGAGGAUCUUCCUGUGAGACCUGCUCCUGGGCAUUUACCACCUGGAUCGCGACCGAAUCAACAGAUACAAGGCCCAAACUUGAUGAGCUCUGCACCAGACAACAGCUUGUUACCUGUGUUGGGACUAUAUGCUCCUAAUGCUAAUCAAAUGGAGACAUAUCAGAGGAUGUCUGCAAAAUCUUGCAGCAGACAGAGGAGGCAAGAUUUUGGACCUGAAUUCCCAUUUCCAGCAGCUCCGACCUCUGGUUCCAUGAAUGUAAUGGAUGCCAAAGGCCGUGCGAGUAUUAUAGGAAGACCUAGGUUGCCAGACCUGCCGUCAGAUACAUCAUUGCAGCAAUUGAAGACGAAUACCUCCAAUAAUUUUCUGCCAAUUAAUCUGCCAUCUGCAGCGAACAGCAAAGGAAAAGGUCGCUUGGAGGAGAUUGAUCAUUCAAGUGCUUCUUUCUCAAAUUUCCGUGAGAAGUUAUUGUUGCCGAAAUUACCUCUUGAAGAAAAUCUGCUCCCAAGGAUUCCAUAUGCUGCCAAGAACCUUGCUUCUGCCCCCAAUGACUUGUUCCCCGGUCUCUCCUUGGGAUCUAAAGUAAUGGAUGCUAGUUAUUCUAAUCCCGAGCAAUCAGCCAUGUCUUUGUUACCUAAUGUCCCAUUUCCCCCGCCAGCAACAUCCAAGUAUAGUCAGCAAGAGCUAGAGAGACCUCCAUCAUUGGGGUUGGGCCAAAUGACGACUCCAUUUUCAUCAUUUCCUGAGAGUCACAGAAAGGUUCUUGAGAACAUCAUGUUGAGAACAGGAUCCGGAUCAAACAACAUGCUUAAAAAGAAAUCUCGGAUAGAUAUUUGGUCCGAAGAUGAACUAGAUUAUCUCUGGGUUGGUGUUCGUAGACAUGGACGAGGCAAUUGGAAUUCCAUGCUUCAGGAUCCAAAGCUGAAAUUUUCCAAGUAUAAAACUGCAGAAGAUUUGAUGAUACGAUGGGAGGAAGAACAGGCCAAGAUCUUUGAUGGCCCAGGAUUUCCGUUUCCAAAGCCAAUGAAGCUCCCCGCUGCAACAAAAUCAUCUUUGUUUCCAGGCAUCUCUGAUGGAAUUAUGGCACGGGCUUUGCAUGGAAGCAAGUUAAGUGGACCGCCCAAGUAUCAAAACCACAUUACAGACAUGAAAUUGGGAUUUGGAGACAUAUCGUCAGGCUUGCGGAAUGAAGAACCCUCAAAUAAUCUUAGUCUCCAUCGUGAUCUCAUUCCACCCCUUCCAUCAUGGAGUUCGGAUAAGUCUUGGCCAAACUUUUCAAGUGACUUGGUAAAUGGCCCUUCUGAUAGACUCGUUUCUUCAACUAUGAGAACUGACACGUCCUUCCUAAUGAAUUCAUUUGGAGCAAGCAGCUUGGGCGCUCUUGGUUUGACUGGCGCUGCCAGCAUUGAAAUACGAAAAAGGGGAGAGGAACUGAAUGCUAAUAGAUUGGGGAAGCUACCAACUUUUCUGGAUCGGCCAUCUAGUGUAUUACCUGACUUGCGUAAUAUGCGAUAUGAAGAAUCAACUAGAUCUGCAUUGGGCUCUGACUUUGGCAAGGUUCAGAAUUUUGCCAAUUCAAAAGGUAAACAGGUGAUGGGGGAAUCCAGUUCUUCAAAGAAUAGUCUUCCUCACUGGCUUCGAGAGGCGGUGAAUGCUCCAGCUAAACCUCCUGAGCAAAAACUACCCCCAACUGUCUCUGCGAUAGCUCACUCGGUUCGCUUGUUAUACGGGGAGCAGAAGUCUACAAUCCCUCCAUUUAUCGUACCAGGGCCUCCUCCCCCUCAACCUAAGGAUCCAAGGCGAAGUCUCAAGAGAAAGAAGAAACAGAGGAUUCGCAAAAUGAAAAAAAUCAAGACAGCCGAUUUGUCACCUUCUCCUGCUGUUCUUGAGUUAGUUGCCUCUUGUGAUGCACCAGGUCUGCCUGGGAUGGCAACUCCUAGUUUUGCUGGAAGCAUGCAUUUGCCUCCGAAGUCUCAGGAUGAAGGGCAAUCCUUGGAUAAGAAGGACUCACAUUUGGAAGACAAGGGUCAGAGCUCGCAUUUGGAAGACAAGGGUCAGAGCUCGCAGUUGGAUGACAAUGAUCAGAGUUCACAUUUGGAAGACAAGGGUCAGGGCUCACCAGAUCCAUUGGGUCCAAUCCAGAAGGAACGGGAUGUAUCUGCAAGUCCGGAAUCCAGCAAAACCCAAUCUGACUGUGCUGAUGAUCGACAGGCUGAUGCAUGUGAAAUCUCAUCAGAAGGAACUGUAUCUGAUCACAAGGAAAGUGAUAAGGAUUCAUAGAUGUUUUCCGGAGAGUGGAGAUUGAUGCAAAGUGAUAUUUGGUUCCUUGUAACUGCAGUCAUGAACCCCCAAUGUAGUCAAAAAAAUUUUGUAGCCAUUAAGCUUUUAGCCUUCAACCGCUCGGAUGAAGCGGAUAAAUCAGACCAAUUAUAGUGUAUAGCUGAUGUGAACAGAUUCAAAUAUAGGAUGCUGAACUUGGGAAUUUGCCGGUCAUUCAUGGUUGUGCUGACACCCAUUUAACCUCUUGUGUAUCACUCCCAGUCCCAGUUCCCAUAGAAAGGGAAUGAAACAAUGACCACCCAAUCAGCUCCUUAGAAAACAUGAGGAAAACAGUAUGCGACCUUGGACGUCUGCAAUUAGCUAGUCAUAUCUGUUCAGUAGCCUCUGGUCCCUUUCUCCUGAUUCAAGUGUGGUUCCGCCAUGCGAAAAAGGAUGGGUAAGUUGGACCUUCAAACUUUCUUUCGUAUCAUUCUAUUUCUGGUGUUCCUGCGUUCUGCAUGAAGUUAUGCAUACAUGUAAACGUUUAGAUUGAAAUACUGCCCCUGAGGCACAAAUGAAGAUGAGUUCACAAAAAGGGUACAUGCACUGGGAUGUGGGCUGGCUGGGGCAAAUGCUCAUUGCAAAUGUUACUCGGAACAUAUAGCAUGCCUUAUUGUGUUUCUACUUGUACAUCAUCAAUUUCAUUCGAGUACAGACAGAUUCACUUC